AUGGAAUCUGCUAUGAAUUUGUACAGUAGCAGAACGUUUCAACCACAAUCAUCAAAUUCGUUUGGUGGUGGUGAACUUAUGGAAGCGCUUACACCUUUUAUCAAAAGCGUUUCCGAUUCUCCUUCCGCGUCUGCGUCUGCGUUUCUUCAUCCCGCAACGUCUGCGUUUUCUCUCCCUCCUCCUUUUCCUGGAUACUACCCGGAAGUUGACUCUCCACCGUUCUUAACCCAAUACGGGUCGGAUCUUCAACAAACCGGAUCCUUAAUCGGGUUAAACAACCUUUCUUCUUCCCAAAUCCACCAGAUCCAAUCUCAGAUCCAUCACCAGAACCAUCUUCUUCCUCAAACGCAUCACCAGAAUCACAACAACUCUUUCUCGAAUCUUCUCAGUCCGAAGCCGUUACUCAUGAAGCAAACCGGAGUCCCUGGAUCUUGUUUAUCCUACGGUUCCGGUGUGCCUCCGAAGCCGACGAAGCUGUACAGAGGUGUGAGACAACGUCACUGGGGAAAAUGGGUGGCUGAGAUCCGUUUGCCGAGGAAUCGGACUCGUCUUUGGCUUGGGACAUUUGACACGGCGGAGGAAGCAGCGUUGGCCUAUGAUAAGGCGGCGUAUAAGCUGCGCGGCGAUUUCGCCCGGCUUAAUUUCCCGAACUUGCGUCAUAAUGGAUCUCACGUCGGAGGCGAUUUCGGUGAAUACAAACCUCUUCAUUCCUCAGUCGAUGCUAAGCUCGAAGCUAUUUGUCAGAGUAUGGCAGAGACUCAGAAACAGGAGAAACCGACGAAGAAACGUGCCUCGACGAAGAAGAAAACUGAGUUUGUUCCGUCGCCGGAGAAAGUGAAGACGGAGGAGAAUGAGAAUUCGAAUUUGACCUCGAUCGCUGGAUCUCCACCGGUGACGGAGUGUGUUGAGUCCGCCGGAUCUUCGCCGUUAUCGGAUCUGACGUUCGCCGACACGGAAGAGCAGCCGCAGUGGAACGAGACGUUCUCCUUGGAGAAGUAUCCGUCGUAUGAGAUCGAUUGGGAUUCGAUUCUGUCUUGA